AUGCCUGGAUGGGAGUCCGCCGGGGUAUUACCUGCGGGCGGCACCUGGGGAAGGCGUCACCUCGUGGCACAUCCACUUUCCGGGCGGCGGGUGGUGUGGCAACAAGAGGCAGUGCAGAUGGCGGGCCGGGCGGCUGCUGGGCGGCACCACCAGGGCCGUUUCAGAGGCAUCUUGAGCAGCAACGAGGGGGCGAACCCGUUCUUUGCGGGGUGGCACCUGGCCAUGGCUGUCUACUGCGAUGGGGGCGGCUAUGCGGGAGCAGCCGGGCGCGUGGCCGUGGGGGAGGGGCGCUACGUGCACAUGGAUGGCAGCAGGAUCGUCAGCGCUAUCAUGGACGGUGCGUUGCUUGGAAUAUGCUACCUGCUGGCGAACCGGGCGAUAGAAAGGGCAACAACGGUGCUGGUGUCGGGGACGUCAGCGGGGGGGCUGGCAGUGAUGCGCCUGUGUGACUCCCUUGCUGCUCUGCUGCCCCGCGCCACCGUCAAAUGCCUCCUCGAUGGCUCCUUCUUCCCCGACGCCCCAGACCGCACGGGGAGAAUGCACUUUCAGAGCCUAGCCCAGCAGAUCUCAGCGCUGCACCAGUUCUCGCCGCAGUCCCGCUGCGAUCGAGGCCCCCUCAAAAAAGUCCCUCCUCUCUCCCCACGUCCUGCCUCCCAGAGCGUCUUACCGACGACGACGAACUAG